AUGGCUGCCACACAUCGACACUUGGACAUCCUUACAUAUGCCCAUGAAAAUGACUGUCCAUGGGAUAGAUGGACAUGCUAUGCUGCUGCUAGGUAUGGCCAUUUGGAGAUCCUGGUGUGCGCCCAUGAAAAUGGCUGUCCGUGGGAUCAAUGGACAUGCAACACUGCUGCAGCAAACGGGCAUUUGGAAAUCUUAACAUUUGCCCACACAAGUGGAUGUCCAUGGGGUGAAACGGCAUGCCACUCUGCUGCUCUCAAUGGCAAUAUGGAAAUCCUGAAAUAUGCCCACGAAAACGAUUGCCCAUGGGACGAAUGGACAUGCCGUGCUGCUGCUAGUAUUGGCCAUUUGGAGAUCCUCGAGUAUGCCCAUGAAAAUGGAUGUCAAUGGGAUGAAUGGACAUGCAACAAUGCUGCAGCAAGUGGACAUUUGGAAAUCUUGAAAUACGCCCACAAAAAGGGAUGUCCAUGGGAUUCAAACACCUGCAAAAUGGCUGCCAAAUAUGGGCAUUUGCAAAUCCUGCAAUAUGCUCAUGAGAAUGGCUGUCCAUGGGAUGAAAUGGUAUGCCUUCAUGCUGCAAUGCAUGGCCAUGUGGUACUGCUGGAAUAUGCUAUCAAAAAUGGUUGCCCUUGGGAGGAGGGCACUUUGCAGGAGGGGCCGCAAGUAAAGGCUUGGGUUGAAGGGUUCACAGCCCAGAGGCGCAUCUGA